AUGCAAGGAAUUGACAAUGAAGUAAUCAAGAAAACAUUCAAUUAUGUAAACGAUUUUCUUAGUAAACGUAUUAAUGUUACUGAUCGUGCAAGAAGUUUAGAUGAUGAUUUUGAUCUCGUUAUUGAUGUAAAGGCUGAAUCAUUUGAAAAAGGUUCAAAUGGCCUUGCAUUUGCACGUUCUACAUACAAUCAUCCCACAACUGGCAGACCGACACAUGGGGAAAUUACACUUAAUUCAAAUAAGAUACCAUUUGAGGCACAAACACUAGAAUCGGGUGAUAGACAAUUCAUUUUAACGGUUAUUCACGAAUUAAAUCACAUUCUGUCAUUCAGUAGCUCGUUAUUUAAUAAAUGGCAACCUUAUGGAGAAACAGCUACAAUUGUCCACUAUACCGAUUGGCAAGGUAAAGAAAUAUCUAAAGGCAAAUACGAAAGCUACAAUGGUAAUAGGGUUCCACAUAUGUACGUCAGAUCUCCAUGUUUGACAGAAUGGGUGAAUAAUAGAUUCAAAGUAAAAAAUGAAACACUCAUCAAUAUCGGCCUUGAACUUGAAGACUCAGGCGGUGGCGGAACAGCAGGUGCACAUCCAAAUGAAAAACUUUUCUUCACAGAUCUCAUGCAGGGUAGAACCUAUGGACCUGGUUGGCUUUCGCCAAUCUUCUACAAUUCAUUAUUGGAUACAGGAUGGUAUGUUCCUUCAGAAGAACUCCUUGAAGAAGAACUGAUUUACUUAAAUAGUCAACUCGACCCAAAGAUACUAAUCAAUGAGUCAGUCCUUCUUGAACCACCACUAAAAUCAUUUCCAUUAGAAUAUCAAUGCCAAUCUUCAGCACUUCAAGCUUGCUUCCAUGAUUAUACUUGGACAGGAACAUGUUCCUUGACAUCAUGGAAUUCCAACGAUAUACCUCCUAAAGAUAAAGAACGGGCAGAUUGGUAUAAUCCAGACAAUAAACAAGAUUUUGUUGGUACAGAUCAAAUGCUUGAUUAUGCGAAUUUGGUUCUUCCAUGGUAUUCAUGCAGAGCUACAGGUGAAAAUGGAUUAGAAAGGAUGAAGGAAUAUGAAGAAGGAUACGAUCCUUCAAACUAUGGCGAAUCAUUUGAUAAUGAUUCUACAUGUGCAAUGUCAACACUCCAAAAAGGUUUCACAGGCAGCUUGAUCUCAACAUCGAGAUGCUACAAAGCAUGGUGUGGCACAGAUAACAAAGUUAGGUUAGUGGUGGGAGAUGAAGAAGUAUAUUGCAAGAGAGAUGGAUAUUUAGCUAAAUUCACAGAUUAUGCAGGCUCUGUUACAUGUCCACCAGCAGGAAUUGUCUGCGCAAAUAGAAAAAAGAGAGAUGUAUUUGGUGUUUCAACAAUAUUCCCAGAUCGAGGACCUGUUGAUGGCAAAAACUUAGUUGCAAUUGUUGGAAACAACUAUGAUAUGUACAAUAGAAGUUCUCUCAAUAUCACUAUUGGCACAGUUAAAUGCAAUGUCACUAUAAAGCGCGACAACUACAUCCUUUGCCAACUAGAAGAUGUUCCUAAGAAUAAACAGGAUGAAAUCUUAAAAAACACAAACUUAUUGAAAAAAGCAAUAGGUAAUAAAGAAAAUAACAAAUAUACGGAGUUUGUUGCAGAAUAUGAAAUAAUAGGUAAAGGCAAACAAGAGCCUUCAAGAGAACCAGAUAUGUAUUACUUCAAGAAGAGGGGAUAUUAUGAUGAACCUAAGGAAUAA